AUGAAUCUACUCUAUCCUGCUCUCCAGGCCGCUCUCCAAGUACAUGAUGGUCUCCCUGACGCUGUGGCGCUGAUAAUGACUCCACAUAGAGACGGAGAGUCAGGUCUGCCACACCAGCAUAGGUCGGAAUGGCGACCACAGUUGGGCACUCCCAUCCGCCGUCCGACUUUUGAAAAAGCCCGAAGCAUCCAGCCUUGUCGUCAACUGCUCGGGCGACAACUGGUCUGUGUCGAGCAAAAGUAUGAUUGA